AGAAGCACAUAUAAAGAAAAGGAAGAUCACAUGUUAUUAUAAUCCCCUCUGCAGCCAGACAGGACCAUAGAACUGCCCCGUUAGGAGCUAGAGAUGAGCUUUAGAGGCUGAAAGGGAGGCAGAGGGAAAACUUGAACGACUCCCCGGCCCUGGGAGGGAAGGAAGGACCCCGAGCCCCCAGGACUGCCCUCCGGCCCCUUCGCUCCCCUCCCGCCCUGGGCACCACAGCGAGCACGGACGGGGGGGGUCCCGCGAUCCCGGAGAGCCGCCCUUGAGAUCGGGUUUUCCCCUCAGCCCCUCCGCACGCUUCGCCGUGUGAAGCAAAUCCCUGGCAGCCGGGGGAGUAGCGGCUUCCGUGACAGCGGAAAUAAACUAAAAUAAAGCAAAGCGAAAUAAAAAGAGAGAAGAGCCAAAGGAGCACUUGCUUCUCAUCAUCGCUUAGCGAGAGGAAAAAAAACAACAAACCAACCACCAACAACAAAACAACCAACAACUCACUUUUUCUUAUAACCCUCUGCUGCAGGGAGCAAAGGGAAAGAAGGCACCGGGGCAGAGCCGCUAACAAAGCAGGGGUCGGACCCUAUCGGCACCCCGACUGACAGCGGGAGGGGUGAGGAGUAGGGGAGGCUCCGGCAAAGCCAGGAGCAGAAAUGAAAGUUUCGAAAUAGCAUUCAAAGAGCCGCAAAAGCCCGGAGCGAUCGGAGCUCUUCCUGCGCAGCAUCAGCUCCCCAUGGUGCAUCCCCGGCGCUGCAGCGGGGAUGUGAGCGGCCCCGGCCCGCUGCGUGGAGCGGGUGGAAGCACCGAAACUCCCCGUUAUUUAUUUAUUUAUUGGAAGCGAUGUACGGGUGACACCCAGAAGGCAUCUGAGCCCUGAGGGGGAAAAAAAAAAGAAGAAGAAAAGCCUCCCGAUCCAAAAGGAAAACAAGAAGAAUGAGACAGCAGCCUUGACCCCUACACUGAGGGGAAGGUGAGCAGAAGGAAAGAAAGACAACACAGGAAAGCCAUGCAAGCACCAAACCUGUAGAUUACUGCAGCUAUUUUUGCUUCACUGAAGACAGAUAUUUUACUGACAGUCAUGCAGCGUAAAGGCAUCAUGCUGAUUGUGUUCUUGGAAUGUUUUAUUUCUGGCCAUGGAGAAGCAGAUCCCGUGAGGCUACGAGCCUUCCGCUGCAGUGGCCGUUCCUGCAACCCUCCGGUGGGAAACCUCGCCACAGGGAGGACACCCAGCACUCUCACCACGUGCGGGCAGAACAGCACAGAGCUAUACUGCUCCUACCCAGACCAAAGCAUCCUCCAUCCAGCCUCCCAUGGCUGCGGGCAGCCUCGCUGCACCAAGUGCAAUGCCAACCAGCCUGAUAACUCCCACCUCCCUGCUGACAUGACCGAUGAUUUCUUUGCAAACCCAAUGUCCUGGUGGCAGUCUGCCCAAGGGGUGCACAGGGAAGAAAUUAGGCUGGACUUUGAAACAGAGUUCUACCUGACACACGUCAUUGCUGUGUUCAAGUCACCUCGCCCAGCUGCGAUGGUGUUGGAAAGGUCCCAGGACUAUGGGCAGACGUGGAGGCCCUACAAAUAUUUCUCUGUCAACUGUACUGCGACUUUUGGGCUCCAGGAUGACCUCACUGAGGAAGGCUCCAUGUGCACUUCCAGAUAUUCAGAUGCAGUACCCUGUACCAGAGGAGAGGUGAUCUAUCGUGCCUUAACUCCAUCUAACAAGAUUGAAGAUCCCUACAGUCCUGAGGCUCAAGAUCUCCUGAAACUCACCAACCUUCGCCUCCUUUUGUUAAAAAGGCAGGAAUGUCCAUGCCGUGGUUUGGGAUUGGUAGAGAAACCUCAGAGGUUUGCCCACUAUGCUAUUUACGACCUGAUCAUCCGGGGCAGCUGCUUUUGCAAUGGGCAUGCAGAAGAAUGUGAACUUGCCAACAGGACGGGAGAAGUGGAGAAUGUGGUCCAUGGGAAGUGUGUGUGCAGACACAAUACAGCAGGGGACCACUGUGAGAAAUGCGCACCGCUAUACAAUGAUCAGCCUUGGAAGCCAGGAGAUGGAAAAACUGGGGCACCAAAUGAAUGCAAAAAGUGUCGCUGUCACAACCAUGCUGACAGCUGCCAUUUUGAUCUGAGUGUUUGGCUGGCAUCAGGGAAACACAGUGGUGGAGUCUGUGACAACUGCAAGCAUAACACAGAGGGACAUCGGUGUCAGAGGUGCAAACCAGGGUAUUACAGAGAUAGAGGGAAACCCAUGUCUUCUGCAGAGGUCUGCAAACCUUGCUCCUGCCAGCCAAUGGGUUCAGCCAACGCAACGCUCAGCCGGAGCUGGCGAUGCCACCCCAAGACGGGAUUCUGCUACUGCAAGCCAGGUGUGGCGGGCCCCAACUGCGAUAGAUGUCUCAUGGGCUACUGGGGCUUUGGAGAAAAUGGCUGUCGUCCUUGUGACUGUGCCAGAGACUGCGACCAACAUACUGGAAGCUGUUUCAAUGGCUAUGACAACGAGCCAUUCUUUAACAUCCCCAUUGGGGGACGAAUCCCUGACCUUGUGCAAACACCAACUAAUGAGAGCGAAGAUGAGUGGAAAUGGAAUGACCACGAGCAGGGAUUUUCUGCUCUGAGACACCCAGAAAAGUGUGUGUGCAAAGAGAAGGUGCUUGGAAGCGUCACUGACUUCUGUCAAAUGAAAUACGCUUAUGUGAUAAAAGCAAGAAUCCUGUCAGCUCAUGACAAAGGGACACAUGCAGAAGUUGUUGUGAAAGUGAAGAAGAUUCUGAAGUCCGGUAAAGUGAAAAUUGCUCGGAGCAACAGAAGCAUUUACCCAGAAUCCUGGACCAACAGGGGAUGUACUUGUCCCAUUCUCAAUCCUGGUACCGACUAUCUGAUAGCAGGCCAGGAGGACUCUAGGAGCAGCAAACUUCUUGUGAACAUGAACAGCCUGGUGAAACCCUGGAAAGCACAUCUGGGAAAACAAGUGGCAGAUAUUCUCCGAACAGGGUGCAAGUAACUUCAGCUUCAGAAAUUACAGUGAUGAACUUUGCCUUUUAGUAACACUGCAGUGAAAGGUGUAGCUAGCUCCUAUGUUCCCAGUGAACGUGCUCCUAGCUGAAGUGAUGAAGGUGGGCUCACCACCCUUUCUCCUUUCAUUUCCGUAGAGAAUGCUGGGACAUGACUGCUUUCUUUUCCAAAAUGCACAGACUUAUCACAUAGCAUCAUCCAUAGGUUACAGUUUUUAAUUUCAGCCUGAUUCCGUGUACCCAGAGAAUCAUUUUACAAGGCAAAACUGAAGGUAUGGAUGUUUCCACACUUCCAGUCAGAGCCUGAUAUUAAUACAUAUAAGCUGAUUACAUAACACAUUCAUUACUUGGGUGUAGUUUUUUUUUUUACAUAAGUGACCACUAACAGGCAGCAAUUUCUUUCAGCUUCACAAGUGGCAUAAUACUAGAUAAGUAUGUUGAAUAUAAUAUCCAUCUAAAGCAGCUCAGAUAUUUUUAUUUACCAUCAGUGAUUAUGCCAGUAUAACAUGCUGCUUUCUAGAAAACAAUACAGUCAGAUGGCUGAACAGAAACAAACUAACACAGGACUCAUUUGGGACAAGGCUCUGUAGAUGUACUUUGCUAUCAUCAGUGCUUAGUGAUGAGCUCUGCUGCAGAAAGCUCCUUAUUACAAACUUGAUUCCAAAUCCAGCUCUUGCUCUCAUCUUGCUCUUUGCUGUAGUACUCAAAACUGUAACACCAGGCAAAAGUUGCACAGUGGUUACUACCAAAAAGCCUUAUGCUAGGAAAGAGCCAAAACGUGAUGAACUUUAGCUGCUCCUAUGUCGAGUUCAUAGUACCACAAAAGCUACAAAAGUAGGAGGUAAAUGGGUUGCUUGUAUUGCAUAUUAAAUGAGAUAGCUAUAGUUACUGUGAGAGCAACCUGGUAUUCAAACUGUGCUCAAGACCACUGACAUUUGAUUUGCACUUAGUGCUUUCAUUCUGCUUUAUUUCUCUUGGUCACUCUUGAGGUUAAAAUACUGAACUUCAAUCACCUUCUUACUGUACACGAGGAUUUUUCUCCUGCCCCACAGAAGUACAGGUGAGGUAACAUCUGCACUCUAGGUGGAAAUAGUCCUGUCCUGCAAAAGCAUUCUUUCUAAACCAAUUUUCCCCUACACCACAGUAAUGAAGAGGUAGCUAUUUUAAUCGUUCCCUAACAAAAUAUUUUGAAGAAAUUGUAGUUCUUGAUUUCUGCCCCUGAGACAAGGAAAUCAUGAUCAAACGGAGUUCAUUUAAACACAUCAUCUCAUUAAGUAAAGCAGAAAUGAUAAUGGAUCAGUCUAUACUUUCAGGUGGUCACAUGUGCUUCUUCUGCAUACAUCUUAUUCCACGCCUCCAAUUUGUCUAAUGCUCUCAAAAAGAGACACUACCUUAAUUUAGCACUCCUGAGUGUUACGUGGGAAAAUCCAAAGCUAAUGCAAAGGGAUGGCUGUUUUAGGCUACAGGUUUAUUCUCUUCAUCACUGGGAACCUGAAGAAUACAGCUUUGUUAAUUCUAAUUGUACCUGUUUUCCUUUUAACUCUGCAUUGGUUGAACAGCAGAAAAACCUUCAGGUCAUUUGGAAAUGGAUGGCAGGCAGGUAUUAAAAAAAAACAACACUGCUUUUCUGCUGACAGUGUAUAAAGUGUCUCUCUUUCCCCUUCCUUUCUCCCUUGCCAUAGAUUUUCUUUCCUUCUGUUUGUCUUACAAGCACUUCAUUAUUUAUUUGUUGUUGCUAAAGUGGUAUCCAACAAUGUGGCAUCUCCAACAAGCUAUUUAAUUAAUGCAAUAAAAAACUUUUUAAACAGGAUAUUUGGCUUAAUUUGAAAUGUCAGCGUAUAGAAGUUAGGAGCAUAACACUUCCUUUAUCAUCUUCAGUCUGUCUGAACAAGAAGACUGACUAGCUCUCUUUCAAACAGGAAUAAAGACAUGCUCAUGAAUUUCAGUGUUCUCAAAGGGCCUCUCACAAUAGGUGAAAAUUAGGUGUACGUUUAUAGCUAAAUUAAGGAACAUUCCUUUCAACACAGGUCAUUUUACCUGUGAGGCAUCUCAUUUACCGUGAUCGUAUUCCAUUGUGGUUCAUAGUCAGUACUGUAUUAAAGCAAACUUCCAUGUUUUAAUUUUUGUGCCAGAUUGGUGAUUUUGUGGGGAGCGUGAACAGCUUCACAGUUCCUUUUGGUGAGUGAAAAUUAUUUAGUAACGUGGUCAUUCAUGAUUAUUCCCAGCAGUUGCUAAUAGAAACACCAUUUGGAACACAAAUAUUGAUACCCUGGUAUGUUCUCCUAGUACUGCUGUAAUACUGUAAUGAUUACCUUACUGCAAACACAGCUGUGUGCAAAGACAGCUGUCAAAAUGUUGCACACUCAGAAAUGAGUGACAACCAUACGCACACAUUUUAGAGAGGUAUAAAGCAAAUGAGGUGGUGGGAGAGAGAGGUAACACCAAAAACAUUCAACAAAUUUAUUAUCCAAAUUUCCCAUUCUUUGAAUCUCUAAUUUAUUUGCUGGUGGCUAUAUAGAUAAGUUUCCCUCAUUGCCUCUGUUGGUCAGAAACAUGCACAUUUUGUUCCAAUUGCAAGCUCUCAUUUACUGGCUUCACAUGUACAUGAGAAAGUGCAGGAUGACUUACAGAAGCUGCUGCAUGUCUCUCAGAACAAGCAAACAUGGUCAUACAUAGCGAAUUUAAAAUAGAGAAGAUAUCUCUUUCCAAGAUGAAUUGUUUUGUAGGUCUGCAUGCAGUACCAAGUAUCUUUCAAUCAUCUCUGUGAUUGUCUCUCUUAGGUGGCACAAUAGUAUAAAUAAUACUAAUACAGAAAAGAAGAUGCAUUUGCCUGUACAGAAGUGGCUGUACUGUUUCUUACAGUAGAAAAAAGGACCCUCUUAAAGAUACCUUUGUGAACAACCCUACAAUGCCCAAAUUGAUAAAGCGUCUUAUGAGCAGUGGCAAUCACAUACUAAACAAUAGCAGCAAUGUAUCACUUGGAAAUCCUGCAUAAGGAUUAAAUAAAAGCAUCUGGCCACAAGGAAAGGCUGGAAAGUUGUAAAAAAAUGCAUAAAAGUGCAGGUAGUCACCUGAAGGAGAAGCACAUGCAACUUUCCACACAACAGCAACAAACAUGGUAUUGUUGCUCAGAGCAGUUCUGUAACAGCUGUGCAGCACAUCUGUCCAUGAGCAAAUGACCAUUCUUACAACAUGCACCUUUAAAACAUGGAAGCAGUUCAUUAAAAGGCGAGUGCUGAGCUUUAGUUCCUGUGUGGUAACAUACCAUCACUAAUGCUUCAUCUUCUGCUCUUGGCAAAUGGUCAAGAAGGAAAAUAGCAGAACUUUGUGCAGUGCACUUCUGGAAAUAGUUCACUGCUAUAAAGAGCAAAUUUUCUCUGUAACAUUCACCAUGACUCAUGACUUUUCCAUGCUGCUUGAUGUAAGUUUUCACUGAGUUGAUAUAAUUUAUACAAAGUGCUCUCUGAAGACCCCCAAACCUGGAAGAGUUAGUGUGUUAUUUGUUACAUGUUGUAGCACAUUCUCUUUUGUACUUAAAACAUCAAUUAAAAAUAUUCAGACAUUUACAUUGAUGUCUGGUUUGGGAUCUGUUUUUAGAAUUUUGAACCACACAAUCCUCAGACUACAUGCACAUUAAUACUUUUUAAGUUAAUAAACCACAAUGAUUACAGAAAUCAUCGAGGCUCUUGCUUCAAUAAUAUCAAGCACAGAGUUUCGCAAAUGCAGAAAAGCAUUUAGCAAAUAAGGCAACCGCAUUAUAUGUCUUAUACUGAGGAUCCUGUGGGAAAAAAAAAUGUACAUUUUGUAUGAUGUACAGAAUGUACAGAAUACAAACAAAACAGGAGCUGUUAAUUUAUGCUAGUUCAACAAUUAAUCAAAAUUCAACACUGCAUGUACCUACACUUAAGAUUCCAAAGUGUUUAAUUCCCUAUCAAAAUAAAUACAUCAGAUCUGAUAAGGUUUAAAGAGAUGCCAAGUUCUUAACUCCUCCUUUGCAUGUAGUUAAUUUGAGGGUUACAAGGCAUGCAAACAGAAAUGCAUGAGGUGUAGGCAGAAGAUGCCUUCUCCAUAAAUGCUCAGAGUGUAGAAGUCUGAAUUGCUGGUUCCCAGGCUUAAAGCCAAACCCAAUCUGUCACCAGAGAUGUAUCUUUGCAACUCUUUGUAACACCUGAUCUUACUCUCUGAUGCACUUUAACAAGUUCAUAUCUUAGCUGUGUAUUUCUAUUGAGACAACUGUACCCUUAAGGCCUAACCUUCAUUCCUCACACAGAAAUGACAUGAUGAGUAUCAUCAUCCCGCUUUUGUCUUACAGCUUUGUGAUGAGAAAUAUUAUGAUAUACUGCCUCCAGAUGCACAAGUCUGAGUACUGGAUUAUGUUAUCUGUCAUGGAAGCACUAUACCUGACACAGAGCUGCUACUCAGUGCCAAUGCACAGGGACAACGUACAGAACAGACUCUGGUAGCCUGGAUUUUCAGAACUGCAGCCUCUGCACCUGAGAAACUGUAAAGCCUAACUUUGAAAUUACCAACUCAUUCGUAAUUUGGCUCUUUAUGAGAAAAAAAAAAAUAAAAAUCACAAGCAUUGAAGGUAUUUCAAUCUUUAAGUGCACUGAUAACACCUGUUAACAUGGGUACAAACUCCUAAUACAGAAACACAAUGGGUAUAAACAGAAUUCUGAACCAGAACAGCAUUAGAAAUGCAAACUACCAGCUCAAAAUCCAACAGACAAAUUUGCCAUCCUUACUUGUCCCAUGCAGUACCAAAUGAGAGCGAUACCAGCUAGAUCCAACUUAGUUCAUUUUCAGACUCUGCACUCUGUCCCAAGGAGAAAGAAGUGAGGGACCCAUGGGCCAGAAUAGAGAACAGAGCCAACACCAGUAAGGACAAAGGUGACUGCCUGCAGGGGGAUGAAAAGAUAGUGUUAUUUGGGAACAUAUGAGGAGACAACAUAGAAAAGGUACAGGGUGGAAGCAGCAACACUCAACAGCAAGAAAAAGCUUAGAAAACACGGUGUAGAAAUCAAACAUUCCUCUCUCAUCCAGCACACUAAGAAAGGUAAUGAGCUUAUUUAGGGUGGAUUCUUUCACCUUCUUAAGACGCAUAAGAGACAUGUCCUUUUAUGAAAAACAAAUGAACAGGACCCAUCAUCAGAUCUGGUACAGCAAAUCCUACGUGCAAUUAUCCUUCAAAAUCAGUGCGGCAUCCCGGUUAAUCUGCAAUGUGCAAUCAUUACAAAUCUUCCUGUGCUUUGUUUUGGCUAUAACAGGGCCUUCAUGAAUGGGCCGCUCACUGAUUCAUCAAGUCUAGACUGUAACGUGCUAUUUUUACUUUAUUUUUAAUAAAAUACAUUUGCUUUUUAUCUAGAGAUUGCCUUUCCAAUCUGACUCUGGCUCCUGACCUAUGCUAAAGAACACGGGAUCCACUAGAGGAAACAUACAAAAAGAAACAAAGGAAAAGUCUAAGGGUUCUUGAGGAAGGAAAAGUUAGCAGCAAGUGGGAGAAAAUCAGCUCUACGUGAGGCAGCUGUGGCCAUACAUUCCACCUCUGGGGGAAACUUGCCACCUCAAGUUUAUUUUCUUUCAGUUCCAAAAAACUUUUUGUGUAUCAAGGAGCAGCAGAGACUGCGCUCCCCAUAACAAGCAGGACAAAAGGUCCAUUGUGAUUUCAAUUAAAUUAGCAAAUGGCAAAAAAUUAAGCAACAUUCCAAGCAUUUUAGUGUGUUGCAUGGGGCUACUUUCGGUGGAUAUAAAUGCAUGAAAAGGCCUUUCCAGCCUGAAUGCACAGGGUACUCUAUAAUCAUAAGCCCUUGUGCUUCUGGCAGUGAUGGGUGCAAAAUCCAAGGCAAGCUUUUAGUAAUGCUAUUAAUAUGUUAAUAGCUGCUGCCUAAAAUGCACAGUGUAUAAGAGCAGUUACAAUCUACAUUUAAUAAUACUUAAUUCUUCAGUAUUUUAGCAGUCUUUGACCUAUUUAUUGAUCUUCAUAGUAUCAAGAUACACCAGCAUUUGAGAGACAAGUUUUCCCUACUUCUUUCAUGCUCAGCCGGAGAACUGGAACUCUAGCAUCUUGCCCUUACCCUGUACACUCAGAACUGGUCUACAAUGAAUAACAAGACUUCAUAACUUCAUGCUUGAGCUAUGAAUUCAACAGAAAACAAAACACAUGGUUUGACAUUUAAAAUAGUUUAAUGUUUGGUAGAGUCUUGCAUUAGUGGGAAAGAACAGUAACAUCAACUUUAUAAUCACUGCUGCAUUUCUUCACUCUUCAUUUACUGGGGGUCUUUUCUCUUGUCAGGAAAAACAUCAGCUCCAGAGGGGUUAAGAGCAGUUUAAAAAAACCACAACAGCAGACAGGCUAGUACUGUUCUACAAAAUGAACUCAUGUCCAGUGAAUAGAGCCGAUUAAGAAUAAAUGACAAACUGCUGGUAGCUUCUGUACACUGUCCCACACUAACAGUGUUAGAAUUUUAAUGAGAGGUAAAACGAGUCUAAGAAGCAUAUACUACCCUUUUUUCUUCCCUAGGAAUAAGAAAGUAGGUUCUACGCAUUUAGAUAGCAACUUUCCUCAAAGAGAUUCAUUGACAUGUGAUCAGAUAAGUGUCUUAGAUGAACAGGAGACAUUGCUGUAAGGCUUAACAAGGACAUUCUCAGUAAGAACUGGAUAGGAUCUAGAUCUUGUUUCCACACAGCCCUGCCAGAUUGCCAGAUGUAACCAUCCUUAAAAUAAACUGCAAGAUAUACAUCUCCCUCUUGACACCUCUAUGUACUGUACUGCUACUGCAAGGAGCAAAGCUAACAAAGGUCACUUUCAUAUCUGAAACAAAAUAAACUGCAAGAUAUAUAUCUUCCUCUUGACACCCCUAUGUACAGUAUUGCUACUACAAGGAGCAAAGCUAACAAAGGUCACUUUCAUAUCUGAAACAAGGUUAUACCUGCAGGAAGGUUACUGAACACAAGUUAAAGUCUGCACUUUGGAAUGGAGAUAGUAUAGCAUAGCAAAGUAAAACUCUCAUGAACACAUUUGUUUUUAUAUUUUGUUUUAGGAUAGAGAGCAACUAACAGGCAGAGAAUUAAAUAAAGGUUAGUUAUACAGAAAGCUUCCCUCCAAUGAAUCCCUUUUGACAUGACACACAGAAGAAGGACACGGUAAUGCAUGUAUAACACCUCUAGAACUCCAUGCAAGUGAUUUCUCAAAACCAUUUAAAUUUACUACUCACCCCCAAGAUUCAGAAGCUCCCUCAUGGUGGAGACAGAACCAAUACAUCAGUUAUAUAAAGCUAAGAAAUACAUUAGAACAAGACAGCAUUAUAUAGCUCCAAACCUUUGUAUCCAGACAAAAGGAAAAAAAAAGAAAAAAAACCUUAUCUGCUUAUUUCACAAGCUUGCCACAAAUUGCUAGAGAUCAUUCUAUCAUCUUUAUGACAUGCUAAAAUAACCACUGAUUGAUUUCAGACUUCAAAUUGGACUAUAGAAGGAAAACCAUAUCAACAAACAAAGUAAUGUUGGGAAACAGAAUAGAAACAAGGAGUUACAUUAACUGCACAGACCAACGCAUUCACUUUAUAGGCAAAAAAAAAUAUAUAUAUAUAUAUGUUAUAUCUGUAUUAUAUAUCUGUAUAUAUCUGUAUAUAUCUGUAUAGCAGACAACGUGCAAUCAUGUAGUCUGGGAAUAAAAAAAAAACAAACCAAAAAUCCUAAAUACAGAGAUGGACAGGAAAUUUCUAUGCAAAUUCUGUAAUACUUUCAAGGGAUAUAAAAUGGUCAAGAGACAACUUGACCCUAAAACUGCACAAUCAAGGCCAGCUGCAGAGUCCUCUUCUUUCCUUAUCUUCAUGGAUAUAGCAAAGAAGUAGAAACGUAUUUACACAUGAUCUGCCUAAUUCCUAACCUUUUACUGAAGUGCAAGCAUUUUAUGUUUUGCACACAGCUGCUAGAAGUACUCAUUACAGAGGAUAAAUCUCUUGCUGAGCAUAGAGGCAAUGUGGGAAAGAAAAGCAAAGCAGAAGAAAUAAGACAAACAGUUCUCAGAACAGAGUAUCCCUUCUCAAACUGUUCUUGCUUCUUCACAAAUAAUGCAUUGGAUUUCCAUUUGAACAACCAAAAGCUUGAGUGCAUAUGACUUUUUUUUUUUUUUUGUAUUUGGUGCCCAGUGUUUAUCUGAUUGCCUAAGAUUUCAUUUUCAUGGUCCAGCUGCCUCUGUGCCAAGGUUUAUCACUGCUGCUUUUGUGCCCAUUUACUCAGGUUAACUUGGCAUUUGUUUUCCUGCACACUGAAGAGUCAUGGUGAGAAGCUCUGCCACAUUUUGUUUCUUUUAAAGGGCGAGAUGCUGAGUGCCUGCCAUCCACCCCCUCAGAACCGAGCUGUCAGUCACCUCAUGCUCUCUUAGAUGUUUUUUUAAAGGAUUCAUCUGCUGUACCAAAAUAUAAAUGGUUCAUACAAAUUCUGGAAUUCAAAAGAAAUUUCCCUCAAACAUUCGGAAGCAUUCAGAAACAACUUAUCCAAGAAAGAUACCAGAACAUAAUAAGGAAGCAAUGUUUCUGAGCACUCAGGACUGCCGCCCAUCAAGACAGACGAGCAUUUAAACAUUAUUCCAUUUACUGGCCCUGCAUCUUUUUAUACUUUGGUUAAGUUAAUGAAGACACUUAGAGGGAAUGUGCAGCGAACAAACUGAAGCCACUGGGAAAACUUGUUUUGUAAUGUAACUCUCAUAGCCCAAGGAUUGCAAUGAAAGAAAAAACUUGUAGCAUUUCCUUAUCCACAGGUAUUAAACUAUAGUGAAUGGCUAUUAAAUUAUUUGCAUCUCUAAAGUAAUUCCCACAUGGUUCACUAGCUGUUCAGCUUCUCUAUAGCACUACUGACAGUGCUUUACAUUUUUUUUUAUGUCUUUUUUUGGGUAUGGGAAAAAAAGAAUGGGAAUAGAAUAAAACUCAAGCAAUUGAUCAUCACAAUAGACAAACCCAUUCAGUCUGUUUACAAUGAAGUAGAAAUCUCAAAUACAAAUAGCCUUAGUUUAAAAAACAACAAACAACAGCAUUCAAUGAAGGUAAAAAGUAAAUACUUUUUAAUAUGUACUUAAGUCACAGUAUUUGUUUUGAGAUCUUUACACCAGGUGACAUUUUCACUGCAUUCUCAACGUAUUUUCUAAGAGCCUGUCUAAAUACUGAAGGGGCAGACCUUAACUAAGGGAAAACAAAAACUGUGCUGACAAACAUAAAGCUAACGAUCAGCAUUCUUUCCACUCAUUUAUAUCAAUGUUUGUACAAGUAUUUUCCAAAAUUUAAAAGCCAUCAUAAUAAACAAAUGAAAUCACACAUUUUUUUGUUUUGUUUUCUUUUUGCAGACCUUACCUGAUGUCAGUACAAUGUAAUCAUCAUCUAAUCUUACACAUUUUAGGUUUAAGUCAUUUUCACAUCCUGCAUCAUCAUGGCAAAAAAAAAAAUCAUUAAGGAAAAACAAUCAUUUAA